AUGUUUCAAGUUGGCAGCGUCGACUUCAACAACAACUUCCACAACACAAUCUCCACAACAACAGCACUUGCCGAAGCGGUUCCCACUCCGAAAGCUGAUGUUGCUCCACCACAUGAGCAGAAAUGUCAAGUUUUUGCCGAGUUGCCACGUCUCAGUUUGAUCGAAUCGUCUCCUGCAAAUUUCGCAAUCGCCUCUGCCAAGCUGACUGCUCCACUCCAAUACAACGCCAUCAAUUCGUCGUAG